AUGGAAUUUUGUGAACGAGGCUCAUUAGAAAAAGUAAUUUUCGAGCCAUCCAUCAUCUAUACAAUGAAAACGGUAAUCGUUUGGGCGAAAGAAAUUUUUGAUGCGACAAAUUACAUGUUUCAGAAGCACAAAAUCAUUCAUCGAGAUAUUAAGCCAGAAAAUGUUUUCGUUACGGAGGACUUUCGAAUGAAAAUUGGAGAUUUCGGACUAGUGAAGAUUUCGAGCCAACCCCUUACUGGGACUUUUGCUGGAACACUGCGUUACAUGAGUCCACCAGACAUUUCGAAGGAAAAUACGAAAAUGACCGAUCCACUGGCAUCACACCGAAAUGAUGUCUACAGUUUGGGUCUGAUUCUUUGGGAAACAAUUGAGAGGAGGUUGGUCUUUCACGAAUACAACGGAGAUUCGGGAUUUGAUCGAGAUUCACUGGUCCAUGAUAUUGUUACCAGAAAAUUGAAAGAAUUGGCUUCACCAAUUUGUCAAUCUUCUUUGCAAGAUCUGUUAAAGCGAUGCACCAACUUUGUUCAUUCCCUCAGACCAACUGCAUCUGAUGCUUUGUCUUCACUUGAAAUCAUUUUAACAGAUUCCUCAUUUUUAUCGACUCUUCAACUAUGGCCAACAAUUGAACAAAACCAAAAGACUCUUGUGAAACCCCUCGGAUUCGAUAGUACAAAAGAUUGGAUUCAUGUUGAUGUUGAAAGCUCUGCUUUUAAUACUAAUUGUUCUUCUUUAUGGAAAGUUCCGGAUGGAGAUUCAUUAGGCUCAAUUGAAAAGAGUUUAAAGGAAGAAACGACUUUAAGCGAAACGAAAUAUGAUCUUUCAACUUUUAUCGGAACUCAGAAAGGUGGCUAUUCAGCUAAACUUCUUUGUUUGGUAAAUGAAAAAUUUGCGGUUCUUUCUGAGCGUGAACAAAGGCAGCUCAUUGCAACAAUUCCAAGAAUCGUUGGACAAAUGGAAAUAACGGAAAAUUAUAAAGCACUCUUACAAAAACUUGGCAGCCCAGGCCAGUAUGAGGAGUUCUACAAACUGACGCCAGAAACGAGUUUAGAAGAACUCCUUCAACACUUGAUUUUUCACAAUAUUUAUUGGCAAACAACCCGGAUUCAAUGGGGUUUUUCUGUGCUUGGAAAGGAAAUCAAAUGUGAAGCAUUUUCUUCAUUUUACAAGUACCGAAGGCUUACCUGGGCGUUAAAGGCUUUAGAGAAAAUGAAAGAAUCCGAGUACACGGUGAGAUUAAUUUGCAAUUGUUAUGUUUCCUUGUCAACGGGCGAAGAGUGGUUGAUUCUCAAAAACGAUGAUUCACCCCGUCCCUACUACUUUAGUCGUGAUUUCACGAAAGCCAUCCGUUUCGAAAAGUGUACAGGGAAAGACGGUCGUCAAAUGCUGCGAAAGAAGGCCAACAACGAAUCUGACGAGAAACGCUACGAUGUUUACCAUUUCUCUCACGAAGAGCCCAUAGAUUUGUGUAAAGUGAUUGAGGGCUUUAAAAAGUAUUUAGCUAUGUUGAAACAAAGAGAAGUAGUAACCAUUAGAGGAUUUGUGGCGGAUGAGACAAGCGGACAAUAUAGACAUGUUUUUCAGUUGAGAAACCCCCCACGACCAGCAUGUAAACAUCUGCCAAAGUGUGAGCUAAAAGGAUACGAUCCAUUGAGUGAAUGUAAAAGUUCUUUCGAAGUUUUGUUUCCCAGAGAGAUGCAAAUUCCCAUUUACAGCUGUGCAUCAAAAGAAGAAAGAUUGAUUCUAUUUUUGUAUCUAUCGAUUCUUGAUGUUUUGGAAGACGCCAAUAGAAUGGGUGAGAGGGCGAUUCCGUGGCGAAGUUUUCCCGGAUCGAACGAGCUUUUUUCGAUCUCUGAAGUGUUUCCAGAUGACAAAGCUCAUUUGACAUUUCUGCUUUGCCUCUCUACAAAUGAUCAGCCGAAGAAAAGCGAAACGUUGAGAAAUGAUCAGCCGAACAACGACGAAACGUUGAGAAAUAACCAGCCGAACAGCGAAAUA